AUGGCCAAACAAGCAAUUCUCGGAGCGUUGGAAGACGUAAUCGGAGAAUUUGUUGUCAAUCUGGAUAAGGAAAGCCUGAAAUUUCAGGCCCUUCGAGGCAGAAUAAAAUUGGAGAAUGUCCAACUUGACGGUGAUUUUAUUGGAGGGAGAAUCCUGGGGUCCAUUGGAUUGUCAGGGUUUGGAGUGCUGUCGUGCUGGGCAAAAACAGUCAAAAUCACCGUUCCUUUGACAAACAUAGAGAAAGAACCAACCAGAAUAGAAAUCAAAGGAAUCCAUCUGCUGUGUUUACCACUGUUGCCAUCGACUGCGAAUAAAAUGUAUGGCGCAGGUACAUCGAAAGAACCAACCUGCACAUUGAGAACCAGAGUCAAACGUUCGAAGCUAGCUCGGUACGAAAAGUAUUUUAGAACAGGACGGAUAUCAGGAGAAGGACCAGUAGCUCGACGGAUUAUAAUAGCAGCGCGAAAUGUUGAAAAAGAACAAAAGCGAAAGAACAGAAAACGGCAGAGCACCGAGGGUGCUGAGUCUGAUGCCUUUUUCGAUUACUUGGUGUCCGACUUGGAGAAAGAAAGAAAUCCAGAGCAGUCGACAGGCAAUAAUAUGUCAUCAGAGGAGAAGCAUGUGAACCUUGAAGCAGAUCUUUAUGACCUACCUCGCGACUGGAAGGUGAAGUUAAGAGAAAAGAUGCUUCGCAAUCUUGAAGCAGUUAUGAUCGACAUCCAUGUACGCUGCGAGGUUUCAGAGGGCGGGUUGGAAUUUGGAGUUCAGAAAAAAUCCGUUCCAAAUGGAGCCCAACGAACAAAUAGUGACCACCGAGGACUGAACUACGAUCAAAGAGCCUUUGCAUUUGGAACAACCCUCGACGAACUGCGAAUUCGGACAGCGAAUGAGAAUUGGGUCGUGGGAAGUCAUGAGAAGAACAAACGCAACAUAAAUGACGACCACCUGGGUGCACAUCCAUAUGAUGUGCGGAACAAUAAGAUAUUUGGUUUUGAAAAUUUGUGUAUGUACUGGGAUGAUGAUCCUCCGUUUCUACUCUCCGAAACCGAUAUCAUCAUAUCCCCAGAGAAGAAAAUGUCGGCGGAAUCAUUCCAUUUGAAAAUUGGAAAUGCCAUGGCAGCGCUUGUCAAUUCACAAGAUCCCGGUCGGAAGGUGUACGAAUCCCUCAUGGCGAAGAAACGAUCCUCUCAAGCAAAACACGUCAACCAAUCCCGUCCACAUCAAUACUGCUUUCAAGAUUUCAAUUACGAAGUAAAGCAAAGGAUUAGUGAUCGCACUCAACCGGGUCCCAUAUCUUGUGAAGCGGAGUUUCUCCCAUUUCAAUGGGACUGGAAACUGCGUCCAUCGCAGCUGGUUCAGUAUAGAAAACUAAAAAGUGCCAUGCUCUCUCAGCGACGAUUUGAUACGAUGCUAAGACAGAAACCAAGUCGAUCUCCACAAAAACAACCGCUAGAGUGGUGGAAGUACGCUUAUGGUUGCAUUACAUCGCGUCCAAACUCAAGGCCAUGGGAAGACGUGUUACGAAUUGUUCGAAGUAGAGACGAAUAUUUAGAGCUGGUGUUGAAAAAGCUUUCGAAAGGAAAAGGAGGUUCUGGCUAUCACGCUGGUCUCACAGAAUCAGAAAGUUCGAGGCUGUUGGAGCUGGAGGAAUUACUACCUAUUGAAGCCUUGAUGGCGUUUCACCUCAUCGCGCUACGGCAGCACUUUGAUACUGAUCAAGAUGGUACCGCAAGACUAGAAAAGUCAGGUGAUCAAGGUCGGGGAAGAACCAAGAUAAGAAAAAAACUUUCCAGUAUGUUUCGAAGCAGUUCUAAGUCGUCACGGCAGUUGCAAGAGUCCUCAGGUCAACAUGAGGAAGUGUCGAUUUCACAAAGGGCAACGACCCCUGUGAUUCCACCAAAGACUGGUGACUCCAUUUCCACUUCAAUUCUCGAAGCGAUGAAGCUAAGAUUGGGUAGGAAACAAUGGAAGACGAGGCUGCGGUUUCUGCAACCAGGACUCACUAUAUCACUUUUAACCGAAUCCAACGAUGAAAUCGUAAAGUUGGUGACAGAAGGUGCUGGGGAAGUAAAACUGCUGGGUCCAGGCCAUCAGGACAUUUAUUUUGACAUUUCUCAAUUUGAAUUGUUCGAUUGUCAGGAACAAAAUGGGCAGAAUGAUAGGCUUCUUUUUGUGCAGGCAGCGUCUGGAGACGUUGAGAUCCCUGAUGAAAACUCGGAUUCGGACUCGGAAGUUUCUGAGACUGCAAUUAUUGCUGUUCCAUCUGCAACAAGCUUCAUGAAGCUUCCACCGAAUGGUGUAGUCUGUCGAUUUGCGGCAAUGCGAAGCAAACCUUCGAAACGAAUGAGUCUCUCGGCCCAUCCAGCAACCCUAAUCUGGACAACCCGUUGCUUCGACGCCCUCGCCGAGUUUUUUGGUGCCCCAACAAGCAAAAUGAAGACAGAAUUGACACGACACCUUAAGGAUGUCUCCACACCACUUGCAAGGAAAGCACAACUUGCAUUCCUUUCGCAAUCAGACUUUCAGUUCUUCUUCAACGUGGCUGCGCCAAAGGUCUGGGUGCCCUUUUCCUCCAAUAUGUCUGACGGGUCGCUCCUACUUGAUGCGGGGAACUUUCGUCUGGUCUGUUCGAAAAAAGAUGGCAACAUGGGUACUGAUUGGAAUCUCGAUGCUAGUGAUAUCCAGAUAAACUACAUACGAUGCCACCUUUCUGAGGUCCGACAAAGGAUUUUGAAUUCUCUCUUGGAUCACAAUACUGAUGAAAGUGUACCAAUCAUUCGGCCUUUCCAAGUCAAUGCUGUCAGCGGUAGGAAAGAUGCCAAAGAUGUUGCAAGUUCAUUUCUGAUCGAACACAACACAUAUAUGGGCUCUGUUAUGAACCUCGAUAUUGCAAUAAGCCCAAUAUGCUUGAAUCUUGUUGACGCCGAGGUCUUAGCAAGAGCUAUUGGGAAAUGGUACUCACAAGGGAUCGUGGCUGUACGUGGUAGAGCUUUGUCGAGAGAUGAAGUGGUGCCUUUGCGGGAUAAUGCGGGCACACAUUCCCGAAAACAGAAAGAUAAGCAUAUUGGCGAGUCGCGCCAUUCUCCACCCCAUUGUCUUUCCUUGACGAUAGAAAAAAUCGAGAUGGCUCUCGAAGGUCAUUCCAAAAUUCAUAUCUCUGACGAGAGAAGUCUAGGGUCAUAUGAUACCGCUCUCACUGGGGAUGCAACUUCGCUCAUUCGAACGUAUGUUGUUGAACUGUUUCAAAUAUCUGCAAGAAGAUCUCGGCAUCAUCAGGUUACAGCCACUGAGCUUUUGAUAAACGAUGCAUCGGUAGUCCAAGUGAGGAAUUCAUUUGAAUAUACUCCAUUGGCGCAUCGUCACAUUGCCGUUCAAGAUCAAUAUUGCAUCCUGGAGCGUCGAAACGUUGGCAGUACCUCGAAUGCCACUCACAGUACGGCGCCUGUCAUCCAUGAUGGGAUUGCACCCAAAGUUCUUCAGCCUCAUCAAAUUCUCAAGGUUUCCCUAUUUCACGAUAGAAGGACACACUUGGACGAAGUAGAAAUUGACAUCGAGUCGUUUGUGCUCCGAGUCACUCCGACUUCUCUCAAAGAUUGUGCAAAAGGUAUACGGAAAAUUGUCGAGUUGGUACAACUGAUGACAAAAGAGAUGGAGCGAAAUGUGCAUGAACAAGGACGCAAGGCUCGCCAACAAGGAAACAAUAAUGAUCCAGAAGAUGGCAAAACAAAGGCGUCAAGGCCAGGGUCUCAAACUUUUUCAGUAACUUCGGAUUUGACGAACCCGCAUUCGGAUCUGACUGGUUUACAAAAAGAAGACGAUGACAGCGUCACCAGAUCGCCUUCGGAUUCAAGCCUGUUAUUCAAGGUAACAAUACGAGAUGGAAUGAUUCUCGCAGGACGGCCGACUUCAAGCGAAGUCUCCGAUCAUCGUGUUUCAGGGUCGGCUCGUCGUUCCUACGCAUUCGCUGUGGUGCAUGUCUCCUCAAAUGCAUUGAUCAUGUUCCAAAGUAUAGAGAAUCAUGAUGCUAGUGGCAACACGACAUUACAUGCAAGUCUCGAUAACCUAUCAAUAUCUGUUACCACAGCUUUUGACAGUGCUUCGGCGUCAGUUUCAUCGCCGAUGAUAGGGCCUACUGGUGCUGAGCUUCGCAUAAUGAAUGCUACUGAGAACCAAGGCUGUGUUGUAUCCCGUGAACUUUCACUUGAUUGCGAGCAUUUGAAGUCUGCCCUGACUCCCAAUGAUCUGAGAAUACUUGUGAAUAUUCUCAAGACGAUGAUGAAUAGGCUAAAGGGAGAAAGCGAUGCAUUGCAUUCAGCAAGAGAGAAAAUGCGACGAAAUGAGGACUCUGGUGUCGCAGCCUUGAUGAAGUAUCAGAAGCGAGGAACAGGGAUUGCAACGAGUAUUCGUGUAGAGUUUCAAACCUUCUCUUUCGUUGUCCUCAGGGCAUAUAGAUCAAAGUUUGGUGCUCCCGAGUUCCUCUCAUUCAAUUUGAAGGAAUUGAAAGCGAAACUUGACGGUUGCAUAUCAGCGCUAACAGGGGAGUGCAAUGCCGGCAUCUCCAUUGACUAUUUUAAUUCUGAGGUUGGCGUUUGGGACCACGCAGUUGAGCCUUUCCCAAUCACGGUACAUGUCGACCAGAUGCCAAACGAACUGGUUUUGGAUGCAACAACUCCAACACCAGUCCAAUUGAAUCUUACUGGCAUUUUUCUUCGUGAUGUCGCGGAACUAAGUAUUGAUUCCUUGAACACGCAAGAGACUACGGAGAGGCCAAAUGUGUUGACUCCUUCAGCUUUGUCGACAGUGGGAUUACGUCGUGCUACUGAGUCUCAUACUGUCUCGAUUCACAACUUCACGGGCAUGGACAUUGAAGUCCACCCCAUGAGUCCUUCGUCUGUCAGUAGUCCUCGUCAAUCAAGCGUCCGAUUUGACACUAUUGGACUGGGGUUGAUCAAAGACUCGUGCUGUGUAUCCAUUGAGUCAAUUGUGGAUGUUGCGCACUUCCAAAAUAGUGUAGAUGAAGCAAUGGAAGCAAUGAAGUUGUCUCUUCAGGUAGCCUCGACAAGUGAUAUCUCGAUUGGAGAGCGAGAGAUAGUAUCCAAUUUGCCAGUCUCGUCACCACUAGAUCAUUCGGUGUCGAUGCAUUUGCUGAGACCGAAAGAUGUGGUGGGAGGUGGUAGAUCGAGCCCGGAAACCGUUCAAAACGAAAUGGCAAACAGUGCUCGGGAGUAUGUAAACUUCCACGCAGAGCCGGUUGUAGAAUGGUGUAUGCAAAACCAAAGGCUUCGAUCCAGUACUGUUGACUUGUACAGCCUUCGAAAAGGUAGAGACUUGCUCUCGGCAAGUAUCUGGUCACCCGAGGAAGACUACAACGAGGAUGCUCUGGUUCAUCUUCAGGGUAAAGAUCCAUCAACGUCAAGCAACAAUCAGGUCGGUAGUCCAAGUCGAAAGGGCAAGACCCACACGGGACACAAAAGUGAGUGGUUGCGGCCAUAUCUCAAGAACGACAGCCCAGAGUGGACAGAUAUGACUUGUAUUCUCCGUAUGGCGAGGGAACGGGUGAUGCUUCCCGAUAGCAACUGGAUAUGGGUGAACAACUGGUCAGUCGAUGUGAAUGGUGUUUAUGGAGAAUCAACAGAUGCUGAUGGUUGGGAGUACCAGGCAGAUUUUGAAACGUUUACCCGCGCCAGACGGUUUUACCAGCGCGGAGACUCCUGUCGACGACGCAGGUGGACGAGAACAAGGAUUGUUAAGCCUCCGAGUUUAGACGAUCCAAAUCGACAAUUGAAAUUGGUCUGGGAAACAUCUCGGGAUGACAGGGGCAAUUACAAGGUCGAGGUAAAGAGCCACGUAACCGUUCACAACUCGACCGGAUCGAAGUUGUCUCUCUUCGUUUCAAGUCCAACUUGGGAUGAAGAGAAGUAUGCGGGUAGCGUGGAGCCAGCCAGAAAAGCGAACGUUCCUAUCGUUCUAUCAUCCGCAUUGUAUCUACACCUUGCGAAGAAUCGAUCUGGACGCUUGUCUAGUUCAAUCAAAGACUAUGCUACGGCCGAUAAGGUCAUGAUACUUCCGACAGGCUACAACUCAAACGUCUUGGUUCGAACUUGUAUGGAGCUAGGAGAUGCUUCCGAGACAAGCCUGCAUUUCCUUUUGCAAAUUGAAUGUAAACGAGGAAUCGUCGACAUACACGUUGAGCCGGUGCUAAGGGUUGUCAAUUUGCUGCCCUGUCAACUUGAAUGCCAACUUGGUGAGUUGCUACGCCCGUCCGACAGGCGUCAAGCAGAUUCCAGGCCAUCGCUUCCUCUUGGAAUGAAAAAGAGGGUUGCGAAUGUAGAAACGCUUACAAUCGCUAGUGGCAAAGCAGGAAAGUGCAUUGCUCUCAAUCCAUCAGCGAAGCCGCAUCUAUCACUUCGUGUUCCUGGCUACAAAUGGUCCUGUUGGCAAAGAAUCGUGAACAGAAAAGUCAGUACUUGUACAUGGAGACCAGACGAGGACGAGGAGGAUCUAUAUUUCAACUUUGACAAGGAUGAUGUAGAGAAGGGGGACGAGUUUCGGAUGACUGUUCGCUUCGAUAGACUAGGCGAUGCCUACCGAGAUCCGCUUGUACUUGUUGUUGCAGUUGAGUGCGGGCAUUCUCCUACAAUCAGGGUGUACGCACAGUAUUGGAUCGUUGACAAAACUGGAUUUGGAUGUCAUUUUUGUGAAAGUGGUACAAAUGUCAUGGGGACAUCUCCGGAUGUCGAGUGUUCUCGGCGGUCUCACUUACUAAAGGAAGACUCGCGUAUUCCUGCGAUCAAGCGAGAUAUGAAGAUCCAAGGGCACCAGUGGUCAAUCGGAAUGAGUGGCAUGUCCCUGUAUUUCUCACGGCAAGAAAAGAUUGCUCUCUCCAUCGAAAGCGGUGUGGGUGAUAGGUCCUACCUCACCAUUGCAGAAAAGUCAAAGUGGACUGCUGCUCUUGACAUUUCGAAUGUCAUGCCGAAGGCUGUCCUGUCAGUGGAUGAAAGUGGUGGCUCUCGGAGAUUUGAGCUCGCUAUUGGUGUCAGCAUGUGCGAUGGCAUUUUUUCGCGAACAAAACUGAUAACAGUCAUUCCGAGAUACCAAAUCGUGAAUCUCUUGAAGAGAGAUAUUGUUUUGGCUCAAGACGGUUGUCUAAAGAAAUCCAUCGUAAUUCCGUCCCAGGCAUCGGUGCCGUACCACUGGGAACGACAAUCGCUACCACCGAAGGUAAGGCUUGGCGCACCAAAUGCCAAGGAAAAAGAUUCGAAAAGCUUUUCGAACUGCUGGGCAAAUGGUUGUAUUCAGCUGGAUAAAAUUGGAAUAACAUCCAUGAGACUUCCGACGUCGACUCUAGUGCCUACUAAACCAAUGGUCGUUCAAGCUGAAGUUCGUCUAGCGACAAAGGAGCAAAGCUCAGCUGUUGUGAUUGUGUUGUGGUCGACAAACGAGAAGUCAAACCCUCUCUAUGUGCUUCGAAACACAACCCCUCAUACGAUAAUUUGUCGUCAGCCGCUGCAGGCAGAAGAAAACGAAGGAACAGUAAACGAUCUUGCAAUUGUUCCGAAUAUCGAUGGUGUGGGAAGGGCUUCAAUUGAAUGCGGGGCAGAGUUUUCUCCGAUUGUUCGUUCCAUGCUUGGUCUCGACCGGCUGGAGGAAUUUGUGUGGAUUCUUAAGGGUGGCGAAGUGACUUGUUUUGGAUUUGACGAUCCUGAGAAGCCGCAUAUUCUUGAAUGGGCUUGUGUAGAUGAGGACAAUCCUUUCUUUAAUAGCACGUUGAGAAAGGCUGUUGUGGAGGUCGAUGCCAUGGGAUCAACGAGCAGUCUUGGUGUCGGCGAUGGAAGAGAAAUCAGAUGCCAAAUCGGCGCAGAGUUAUCGACCAAGGUGAUUGUUUUUUCCGUGGAGGAGCCUCCUGAGAAUCACAGCCCUUCCUCUCUCGAUCCCAACGCUAAAAACACGGCCAACGGAAGUCCAUUUGAUUUUGAAGGAGACGAUGAGCACCCUUCGUUUAGUUUUCGUUUCAAUGUCCCAGUCAUGUGCGCUAGCUUUAUUGACAACCUUGAUCCCAGUCAAUAUGGUCGUGAGAUACUCAUGGCUAGUUUCGAAAACCUUUACUUGACAUUAUCCCAAAGCCGCGAGGGUUAUCACGAAAUGGAGCUACAGCUGAUGAGCCUGCAGGUCGAUAAUCACGUUCCUUCUUCGAUACAUCCAGUGUUGCUAUUUUGCCCAAAGAACGACGACAAGGAGCCAUUUUUGCAUAUGUCUGCAGUGCGACGGAUGCAACAGAGCUAUACUUACGUUUUUCGCUACGCUGCUUGCCGUAUGCUGGAAGUGCACAUUUUUCUUGACCGCCGAACCGCGGAGACUAUUGCCCGAUAUAUUGAGCCAGUGACACAAGCCGAAAAUAUUGUAGCCGGCAAAACUGGUAGCUGGGUAUCCGACCUUACUAGUGGAAUGGAAACGAAGUAUUCUCAUCCUGACCGAAGAGCGCCUCGAGAAGUCGAGCUCUUGACUCGUACAGCAAACUCAGGCCGCAUUUAUUUUGAGCAGCUCCACCUCCACCCUGUAAGAAUUUCUCUCACCUUUACGCAGGAGUGGAUGGAAUCGAGCCAAGCUGAAAGCAUGAUGGUAUUCCAGUUCAUAAGAGGCAUGGCAAGCAUCGCUGAUGCACCUCUGACAUUUACAUCUUUUGUGGUAGCUCAUGUGUUUGAGUCACCACAGACCCUUGUUCGAGUUAUUGCAACUCACUACUCAUCCCAGCUCACAAAGCAAAUCUUUACAAUUCUCGGUAGCCUUGCUAUACUCGGAGUACCAGCUGACUUCAUUUCAAACGUCGGGACAGGUGUUCGCGAUUUUUUUUACGAACCGAUCCAGGGUGCAGUGCACGGCCCUCGUCAGUUCAUCGAGGGUCUUGAGGCCGGAACACAGUCACUUGCAAGGGGAGUGUUUGUCGGGGUCGUUCGUGGGGCAGCAAAUGUGACCGAUGUGAUCAAUUCUAACUUGGCUGGGCUUACUGCAGAUGACGACUUCAUCGAUGAAAGGAAGGCUCAUCAACGGAUGCUCGCGGAUGCAAUGAGCCGUGGAGUUGCAAGUAGAACAUUUUACAAUUCACUCUUCCUUGCUGGUGCAAGCAUUGCACGUGGAGUGAAGUCAGGUGCCUAUGGAAUCGUUGAUCAGCCUACUAGAUAUGCUUCGAAAUUUGGUCCAGUAGGAUUCAUGAAAGGGGUGGGCAAAGCUAUGGUCGGGGCAUUGGUGAAGCCCGUUGUUGGAGUGGGGGAUGCUGCUACUUUACUGAUGAAUCAUGUGUCAGAUGCAACGAGCAACAAACAAAUACACCAUAAAAUCCCUAAAAGGCUUCGCCGGGCGCUUCCAAGCACAAACUCUCAGAAACCAAACUGUGUCUCGCUACAACCAUAUGACGACCGAGCUGCCAAGGCACAAAAGAUCGUGACUGGUGGUGAAAGUGUGGAUGACAUCUACAUUGGACAUGUGAAUAUUCCUACCCAUUUGAUCAUUGCAAGCGACCAAUGUCUCUGGGCGAUUGAUCGUGGAUCCCGGGAACCAUGGUGCGUAGCUUGGGAAGAAAUCUCCCAUUUCGGAGCUACAGAGAUGGGAAUGCGAAUCGCCGUUUUUAGUCAGACAGGUCUCAAGACUUUCCUGUUCCAUACUGAUGACGAUGAAGAGACGGAGGACUUGCACAAACUUUUGGCCAUGCAGCUACAGAAGACAGGAAAUAGCUCCAGUAACCUUGCUGAACUAAGACCUUCUUCCGGCGAUGAUGAACUUGAUAUUAUGCUGACGAAAAUUCCUGGAGUCAAAUCACAGCAGUCACGGCACGUUUUUGGUAGCUGCAAUGCAAUGAAAAAGCGCUUGCCGAGUGGUGUGAAAGAUGAGAUUGAUCUGAUCGAGCAAUGCUUCGAGAGAAUUAAGCGACUAGGGAGUGCUUCCAAUAGAUACUUUGCAACAAUUGAUGAAGAAGCUUGGAAUCUGGUUUCUUGCUGGGGACAAGUUUUCUCGGGACUCAGCUCUCGACGAUGCAUUGCUGCGAGUGUGAUAAAUGGAACCGGGGGCGACAUUCAGAUCAAGUCAACAAAGCUCGUGGAAGGAGGGUCGCCGUGUUAUUCGCUGCCAACAAGAGAGUUUGAUCCCGAUCAGGGAGUUUUGCAUGCUGGAGGGGUUAUCCUCUUCUUCGGUUGGGGUGUUGUUCCAAGUCUGUUGCAGCCUGGAAACGUGUUUAUGCAUAUCGAAACAAAUGGCUUCAUUGCAGAUUUGGCUGAUCAGAAGAGCCGUGAUACGUUGGCCGAAGCCACAUCUGGGCAUAGAAUUGGUUUUCUGGAAAAAAGCUACGACGACGCAGGCUGGUGGGCGAAGUAUUGGCUGAUAUUACUUCGUGACGAUGAUGACAAAUAA